AUGGAAUCGCAGGUCUCUUUAUUAGUUCCUAUUUGUGGUGCACAAUUUCCUGGAAUAGGGUAUUUAUGCUCGUCGUGUCCUUUAUAUGGAUAUCAGAGGCCGGGGGCUAUUCCGUUAACCCGUACUGAUGAGAAUUUGACUCCAAGAGAAAUUGAACAAAAAGCCGCGGAAUUGGCCUAUUUCUUGCGCGUACCAAUUGAAGCGAAAAAUGGCAAAAAGAAAGCAUUCACUCCUCUUUUGUAUCUUGCAUCUAUAAUAUUUCUGCCCUGGUGGAUUUCUCUCUCAUUUACUAAAAGUAUGGAAUCUUGGGUUAUUAAUUGGGCGAAUAUCGGCCAAUCCGAAAUUUUUUUGAAUGAUAUUCAAGAAAGUAUUCUAGAAAAGUUCAUAGAAUUAGAAGAAAUCCUCUUCUUGGAAGAAAUGAUCAAGGAAUACUCGGAGACAUAUUUACAAAAGUUUCUUAUAGGAAUCCACAAAGAAACGAUCCAAUUAAUCAAGAUACACAACGAGGAUCGUAUCCAUACAAUUUUACACUUCUCUACAAAUAUAAUCUGUUUUGUUAUUCUAAGUGGUUGUUCUAUUUUAGGUAAUGAAGAACUUGUUAUUCUUAACUCUUGGGCUCAGGAAUUCCUAUAUAACUUAAGUGAUACAGUAAAAGCUUUUUCGAUUCUUUUAUUAACCGAUUUAUGUAUCGGAUUUCAUUCACCCCACGGCUGGGAACUAAUGAUUGGUUCUGUGUACAAAGAUUUUGGAUUUGGUCAUAAUGAUCAAAUUAUAUCUGGUCUUGUUUCCACUUUUCCAGUUAUUCUCGAUACUCUUUUUAAAUAUUGGAUUUUUCGUUAUUUAAAUCGUGUAUCUCCAUCACUUGUAGUUAUUUAUCAUUCAAUGAAUGAUUGA